ACAUACUAUUCGUCUUGAAUUAGAAUGAAGGUGCAAAUGUUUACAUUGUUUUUUACGUUGGUUUGUUUAGUCAAUAGUAGACCCAAUAGUAGCUACACCAUUAAAUAUGAUAACGUAAAUUUGGACCAAAUUUUAAAAAGUGACAGACUAAUGAUGAAUUACAUAAACUGUGUUCUAGAUAAAGGAAAGUGCACAUCUGAUGGAGCAGAACUUAAACGUGUUUUACCUGAUGCACUAAAAAGCGAUUGUUCGAAAUGCAGCGAAAAACAAAGAGAAGGCAGUUUAAAGGUGCUACGUCAUUUGGUAAAAAAUAAACGUAAUUGGUUUGACGAACUGAUUACUAAAUAUGAUCCUCAAGGUGCCUACAGGGCCAAAUACAAGGAGGAAUAUAAAAAAGAAGGAAUCGUAUUGUAAACUAAAUCUUGUUAUUUUUUGAAUUUUAUAAACUAU